AUGCCACCUCCUCGGCAAAGAAAGCAUGUGAAUGCCCCACCCGUACAGCUUGUAGGACCACAGCCGGUUGUGGGCAACUCAGCUGUGGAUGAGAAUCCCACAUCAAUCACUGGCCUCACCGUCUCCGUGCAUCCAGUUUGGCCAGACAUGCAGUUUACUCAGGGUGAACUCUUUUUUGAGUGCACACUAUUUCUGUACUCCGUGCUAGCUUUGUUCCUGCAGUAUUUGAAUAUUUACAAAACAUUAUGGUGGCUUCCGAAGUCGUAUUGGCACUAUUCAAUGAAAUUUCAUCUGAUCAACCCGUACUUUCUGUCGUGUGUGGGUCUGUUGCUUGGUUGGAGAGUCACGAAAUGUUUCUGGAAGACGAUAACUGAGCUCGUUGCGACGAUCGCCAUUGAUAAAUCCACCUUUGUUCAGUCGACCCUUACUGUAAUAGAAUAUGCGAUUAUAAAAACGCCUUUGAUGACUCUCAUCAUUACUAGCUUUUUAUUCAGUUUCUCUCGAAUCUGUCAUGACUUUCCAUUGAAUUCUGUGAUGUACUUCUUUCAUCCGUUGAUUCUGUAUGUUGUGGUGUUUUAUGGAGAAUUGAUCGGAAGAUGGCGAAGGUUCAAGAAGGCCUAUGCCGAAUGGUGGAAUAACGACAUUGACAUCGCACAGCUUGUUGAUCGGUCGAUUGAACCACCACCAGCACAAUUAGACCUUGACUCAGUGCUUCAUAUGUGCAGUUCGAAUCCAGUUCAAAUCCGUGAAGAAGUAUCGCUGCUGCUUGAAGAUAUGUAUCUCAGGCUAAAAAGAAGUCUUUUCGCUGGAGUAUCUACUGCAUUCUUAUCCAUAUUCUUACCUUGCGUUUUCGUGCCGUACAAGACUUCGUUGGGAGUCCCUCAGAAGGUGCUGGUUGAUGAAGCAUGGGAAUCGGAGCUGUGUAUCGUUGUUGCUUUGACAGCAUUCUCAUUAUACAUCACUUAUCUGAUGCCAUUGAACUACUUGGAUUUGCUGCAUAGGAGUGCCGUCCAUCUGGGCACUUGGGACCAGAUAGAAGGACCAAAGAUCGGCCAAACUGGACAAGCAAAUUGGGCUCCAUCACCAUGGAUUGCGCAGUGUCUGUAUUCUGAAGGAGAAACGGUGCAGAUGCCGGAUGGGAAAUGCUACAAAGCUCGUGGAUCAGCAUCCUUGAAAACAGUCGCCGCUGAGCCCGGAUGUCCGGAACAUGACAAGUUUUAUAUGUUCUGUGGGCGACCAUGCACCCUGAUCAACGGGAUGUGCAUAUUUGAAGGUGCAUUGAUUGUGGCGCAGUUCUGGAUGCUUGUUCUGACAACGGAUUGGCAACACAUCGUUACCUUGGUGCUGCUGAUGUUUGCCAAUUAUUUGUUGUUAGCGAAAUUGUUCAAGGAUAAGGUAAUCAUUGGUCGCAUCUACGAGCCUUCGCCAGAAGAUCUGGCUUUGAUCCAGCAGAUCCAACAAGAAAAUCGAAUGGCUCACUAGUUUGUUUUUUAGAGCAUAAUUUUCAGCAAGUAAUAUGUUACAAGUAUUUUUUGGCAUUCACUUACCUUGCGUU